CGCAUCGCCAUUCCCUGCAGGGCCAAACAUCGAGACCCAUUUCUCCCAAGCCAAGACCUUGGACAGCUGACAACCCCCCUAAUCAAAACCCGUUCCAAGACGGUUUUUCGGCGUCUUGCUCCCGACUUUGGUGGUCAAACAGGGACAACGACCUCGUCCCUGCGUUACCGCUUUGGCCACGCCUUCGCUUUCAUGUCUCUCGUUUAGAACGACGUUCAAUUGAUUGAUUUGCCACCCUUGGCGGGCAUGUGCGACCUGGUCCCGUAGCCAGCUCCACCCCCCUCUCCUUGCGAUCUUUGGCGCCUCCUCCGGGACGUCGAACCCAUCCCUAUGCGACGCACGUCGGUCUCGCUGCCGACGAAGCACAUCGCCUACGAUCCGCACGAGAAACCAGACCGCUACGAACCGCGCAACCGCCACGCAAGCCUUUCGGCGAAGAUGCAGUCCGCCUGGGCGUUGCAAUCGCAGCGGACCCGCUACCUCAAGGCGGGCGCCAUCAUUUUCGUCGUGCUUGUUCUCUUUUAUUGCUUCUCGCCGGCCGGCGUCGAUCUCUACCAUGGAGUAUCAUCAGACCUGGGGAACAAAGCCCAGGGACCGUCACAAGGCCAGAUGCCCGCCGAUUCGUCGUACGGCACCGACCGAUGCACGAGGUCCUUUUCCAAGGACAAGCCGAUUGUGCAAUACGUGCUCAUGAUCGACGCUGGCAGCACCGGCUCGCGGAUCCACGUCUACAAGUUCAACAACUGCGGCGCCGCUCCCGAGCUCGAGGGCGAGGUUCUGUUCAAGCAAACCGAAAAAAUCGAGGGCAGGAGCAGCGGUCUGAGCGCGUACAAGGACGACCCCGAUGCGGCUGCCAAGAGUCUGGACCCGCUCCUCGAUGAGGCCCUCAAAGUCGUGCCGGACAAGCUGAAGGCCUGCAGCCCCAUCGCCGUGAAGGCGACCGCAGGCCUGCGCCUGAUCGGUGAGGAAAUGAGCGCCAAGAUCCUCGAGGCCGUCCGUCACCGUCUCGAGACGAGCUACCCGUUCCCCGUCGUGUCGCAGCAGGAGGGCGGCGUCUCCAUCAUGGAUGGCUCCGACGAGGGUGUCUUCGCGUGGAUCACCACCAACUACCUGCUCGGGAAGAUCGGCGGCCCGGACCACAGCGAGACGGCGGCCGUGUUCGAUCUCGGCGGCGGCUCCACCCAGAUCGUCUUCCAGCCGAGCUUCGAGGGGCUCACCUCGGGCGGCAUGCCCGACAAGCUGGCCGACGGCGACCACAAGUACGAGCUCGAGUUCGGCGGGCGCAAGUUCAGCCUCUACCAGCAUUCUCACCUGGGCUACGGCCUGAUGUCGGCGCGCGGGGCUAUCCACGCGACGCUCGUCGACGACCUCCACAAGGAGCACAAGGACGACCUCUCGUGGACGCACCAGCCCGUCAUCCACCCCUGCUUCUCCGCCGGUAUGUCCAAGACCAUCAAGGUGAAGCUGCCCGAGGAUCAUCCGCUCGGUCCCCAAAUCGAGCUGAACAUGACGGGUCCGGCCACCGCGGCGCCGACCCAGUGCCGCCGCCUGGCCGAGCGCAUCCUCAAGAAGGACGCCGAGUGCAAGCUGGCGCCCUGCUCCUUCAACGGCGUGCACCAGCCGUCCAUCGCCAAGACGUUCGCGCGCGAGGACAUCUACUUCCUGUCGUACUUCUACGACCGCACCCAGCCGCUCGGCAUGCCCGAGUCGUUCACGCUGCGCGAGAUGGCCGACCUCGCCGCCCGCGUGUGCGCCGGCGAGCGCGACCGCGCCUGGGACGUCUUCGGCAGCGUGCCCGGCGCCCUGGCCGAGCUGCGCGGCCGGCCCGAGCACUGCUUGGAUCUGAACUUCAUGCUGGCGCUGACGCACACCGGCUACGAGAUGCCGCUCGACCGCGAGGUGCGCAUCGCCAAGAAGAUCAAGGACAAGGAGCUGGGCUGGUGCUUGGGGGCGAGCUUGCCGCUGCUGUCUAAGGGAUCGGGCUGGCAAUGCAAGGUCACUGAGGUGCAUUAACGGAGAAGAAAAAAGAAGGGGAACAAGCGGCCGCCGGGUAGGGUCAAACCCGGAUGAUUGGAAGCGGCAAGCGGAAACAUGCAUUAUUUUACCUGUUCAUAUACCAAUACCAAUGCCAGGCCGGCUAGAGGCCGAGCGCUGCGCACACUGCGAUGGAAACCGGCGUUAUGGGCAAGGGGGCUAAUUGUAGGGUUUGAAAGAGGGGGCGAGUCGGACUCGGCCCCUUACAUCGGAUGGGGAGCAAAGCGAAUGCUACCUAAUAAUCCAUGCGCGUCGUCGGUCCAGCAAGCUGGCUGUAUGUCGACCUCUUCUUG